CAGACGUGCGGCUGACUAAGUUAUCUAAACUCAAAAAUAACGAUCAAAUGUAUCCGCAAUUGGAAACUGAAGCUGAGGCCCUGGAAAACCCUACAGCUAGGGCUCUCUUGCCAGGUGCCAUAAGCAAGCCGGCCAGUGAGGCUGGCAAAGCACCGAAGACAAGUAAAUGGAAACGACGGCUACAUCGACAUAUUCCGGUCUUUCAAUGGUUACCACUCUACACCACCGAAUGGGGAAUCGAUGACUUUAUAGCCGGUGUUACCCUCGGACUUACGAUCAUCCCAGAGAGUAUGGCCUGUGCCCUGUUAGCUGGUCUGCCGGCAAGAUAUGGCCUGUGUUCGGCUUUUAUUGGUCCUCUGAUCUAUAUGGUCUUUGGUUCUAUCGACAAGGUCAUCAUUGGACCCACUAGCCUGGUGGCUCUGGUUAGUGUUCAGUUCACCGUUGGACGACCUAUUGAAUUUGCCUUCGUGCUUACCUUUCUCAGCGGAAUUGUGCAGAUUAUUAUGGGUACCAUGAGGAUGGGUUUCAUCUUCGAGUUCAUAUCCAUGCCAGUGAUCAAAGCCUUUUCCUCGGCCACUGCCAUCCUGGUCAUAGAAUCUCAGCUUAAGGUACUGCUGGGCAUUAAGUACUUAGUCGCAGGUCUCAUAAAUUCAGUGGGAAUGCUAAGUUCACGAAUUCAUGAGUCCAACAUGGCUGAUCUUACGGUUGGAAUAUGUGCCAUUGUUUUCUUACUUUUAUUAGAGCUAUUAGAUCGCGUGGCUAGCAAUGAAAAGCGUAGCAAACUUCUAAGGAUAAGCUGCAGAUACCUGUCAACCUCCAGGAAUACCUUGAUAGUACUAAUAGCUGCCAUUGUUUCCUAUAUUUGGAUACAAAAUAGUGGCCAAGUUCCUUAUGCUCUUAGCAAGAAUGCCUUGGCCAGUCUGCCCAAUUUUACAGUGCCCAGUUUGGAUAUUGUUACUGCAGAGAGAAGCUACAGUUUUUGGGAGGUUUUAAAGGAACUUAAUAUUGGUAUCAUAGUCAUUCCGAUUGUGGGUAUACUAACGAAUAUUUCCAUUGGAAAAUUAACUCCUAAAGGCUUGGUUGAUACGAAUCAAGAGCUGCUCACUGUCGGCCUUUGCAACAUGUUUGGUUCCUGCGUGCAGGCAAUGCCUUCGUCAGGAGCGUUUACACGUUAUGCCAUUAGCACAGCCUGUGGCCUCAGGACUCCAUUGGCCAAUCUGUAUUUGGGCAUUAUUGUACUCCUGGCCCUGAGCUACCUCAGUCCGUACUUCAACUACAUUCCGGAAGCUACGCUGGCGGCCAUCCUGAUUUGCUCGAUAUUCACGCUGCUGGACUUCAAACUUCCAAUAAGAUUGUGGCGCGAUUCGAAGCGCGACUUUGCCACCUGGCUGCUGUGCUUCUGCGUGUGCGUGCUUUUUGGGGUGGAGGUGGGCCUGUUUGUGAGCAUUGUGGUGACCGCACUGCACCUGCUCUACCUGUGGGCACGUCCCGAGAUCCGAGUAAAGAUUGAGCAGCUAGAGGAGAUGCAGUACAUCCGAGUGACGCCGGGCAAUGGCAUCUACUUUCCGGCCAUCAAUUAUCUGAGAGAACGAGUCCUGAAGGCCUGCACCCAGGCGGACUUUAAGAUUACGGUCGUGAUCGAUGGCCAGCGAAUUAAUGGCAUGGACUAUACAGCUGCCCAGGGUAUAUCGAAGCUAUCAAGUGAUCUAUGCCGUCAGGCAGAUGCCUCUAGCUCAACCCUGCUGAUCCUGUUCAGAUUUCCCGAGCACUUGCAAAGGCUCGUUGAUCACACGGAUAACCUGGUGUUCUGUGAGAGUGAGAACAAGGUUAAGGAGUUCCUAACACAGGAAUCCCUGCGCAAUGGCUAUAUCAACCUGAAAGAGCACAUAAGAGCCUCCAUCGAUUUGGGCUAUAAAAUCGACAUCGAUUAGGAGCACUCGCCGCCCCCUAGUUAGCUGCUUUAUGUUAUUUAUUUAAGUUUAGUUUCGAGAAAUUGUCGUUCGUCGCUGACUGCAAAUGGAAAUGGAAGUGAAGGAAAAGUGGAACAAAUGCCUUGAUGGCAGCAAUUUAUAAAAUCCCCCCUCCAACCACACCCAACCCCAAACCCAAACCAAAACCCGAGAAGUGACCUCUGGAGGAGAAUGGGGGGCAGAGGAAUAGAUGCGGUGCCGCUGGCGACGCCGUCAAUGAUUGCCAAGCUAAUGGAUUUCUGUUUACUUUUUCACUUAGAGCGGGCGCCAAGGAGGAGCAGGAGCAGCAGUAGAAGGAGCAGAAGGAGCCGGAGCAGCUGGAGCAUAAGGAAAAAACAAGGUUUUGAAAAAUAAAGCAAAAGAAAUUAGAGAAAAGCGAAAGCGCACAGCUAACUUUUCUAACCAAAAAAAAGGAAACAAAAAAAUAGAAAAAACAAGGUGCGCUAGAAAAAAAAAGGAGGAAAACACAGCUGAAAAGAAACUGCAAGAAAUUAAACUAAAAUCCUGGCGUAAAGUGGAUCAAACGCAGUAAAAACAAGUCAGGGCAUAAAUUAAAUUAGUCGAAAGCGAAAGGGGACUACUCUUUAGGGAAUAAAAAACAAGUUUAAGUGGAAGAAGAACUAAAACUAAAACUUGAAAUUAAAUAAGAAAUAUUCCCAAUAUAAAUUUUUAAUAUUUUAUGUCGAAUAAAAAUAUUAAUUUAAAGAUGACUCCAAAAAAUGCUAUGUUAAAAGUACAAAUCGUUGCUUUUUUUUUUAUUUAUUUUAAUUAAUUUUUUAUACUAAUUUAGAGAGCUUAAAAAAUAAAGCCCUAAAAAGUAUGCUAUAUUAAUGAUUCUAAGUUAAAUUAUAUAAAAAGACCUUUAACCUUAUAAAUACUAUCAAAUUAGUCAAAUAACAUAGGAUUUACGAUUAAAAAUUAAAAUAAAAUCAAAGUAAAAUAUAAGAUAAAUCAAUUUCAAUCCUUAAAUUGUAAAAUAAGUUUAAAGAAGUCCCUUAAAUCAAUAUAACUUAUAGAGCAUUAAAAGCAAAGCGAUAAAAAGGACCCUAGAAAAGCGAGU